CCUACGGGGCAUAUAUCCAUAAACCUCCGCAAAACGACAGCGUUGCCACAUUUCAAUUUCCUACGCAUCUUCCACCAUUGUUGAAAACCUCCUUCAAAUUCAUCUUCCAGCUUUCAACUUUCUCCAUUUAUUACCUCAAUUUCCCACACACACACAUUCCAAAUAUAUGCACAGGCACACACACAUAUUCUCACAUUUUACUCCACUCCUCUCUCUAGAAUUGUAAGUAUGGCUCCUUUGUUUCUCUCUCUACUUCUCUUACAACUCCUAUGUUCCCACGCUAUUACAACCACCGAGUUCGCAGAGCGAGACUCACUUCUUACAUUCAAACACUCACUCAAAAACCCAGCACAAGUCUCUUCAUGGACCACUAAAACUUCACAUUGUCACUGGCUCGGUGUCUCGUGUGUAAACAACUCGGUCACUCAACUCGUCCUCCCGACUCACUCGCUCAGCGGCCCACUCGCUAUCUCACUCUUCUCGCUCACUUCUCUCACCACACUCGACCUAUCCAACAACCAGCUGUCCGGCGAGUUACCGAGUCAACUCGGCGAGUUGACUCGCCUGGAAAUAUUGAAACUCGGUCCUAAUUGUUUGACAGGGGAAAUUCCCCCGGAGAUUGGGAAACUGGGUUCACUGAGGCAACUCGACUUGUCAGGCAACUCGUUCACCGGAAACAUACCCGAAGAAAUCGGAGAUUUGUUUCGAUUACAGUCAAUUGGUUUAAGCGGCAAUGUGCUAUCAGGUUCACUUUCUCCCGCCCUUUUUACCAAUUUAAAUUCGUUGACAUUUUUCGAUGUUUCGAAUAAUACAUUGUCCGGUAACAUUCCUCCUGAGAUUAGCAAGUUGAAAAAAUUAACUGAUCUUUAUAUCGGGAUUAAUAAGUUUUCGGGGGAGUUGCCUAGUGAAAUAGGGGAGCUUUCGAGUUUAGAGAAUUUCUUUUCGCCUUCGUGUUUAAUUAGAGGGCCGAUUCCUGAUACGAUAUCAAAGCUGCGUUCAUUGACUAAGCUUGAUUUGUCGUAUAAUCCUUUGAGAUGUUCGAUUCCGAGGGGGAUUGGGAAGUUGGAGAAUUUGACUAUUUUGAAUCUUGUUUAUGCUGAGCUUAAUGGUUCUAUACCAUCUGAGCUUGGAAAUUGUCGGAAUUUGAAGACAUUGAUGCUUUCGUUUAAUUUGUUAACGGGAUCAUUGCCUGAGGAGCUUGGGGGAUUGCCGAUGUUGUCUCUUUCAGCAGAGAAGAAUCAGCUUUCGGGGCCCUUGCCUUCUUGGCUUGGGAGGUGGGACAAGGUUGAUUCGUUGUUGUUGUCGAGUAAUCGGUUUUCGGGGCCAAUUCCUCCGGAAAUUGGGAAUUGUUCACUGCUUGAUCAUAUUAGUUUGAGCAACAACUUGUUGACAGGGGUGAUACCAAAGGAGUUGUGUAAUUCUGGUGCGCUUACGGAGAUUGAUCUUGACAGUAAUAUGCUUACUGGGACGAUUGAGGACACGUUUGUGAAUUGUGGUAAUUUGACUCAAUUGGUUUUGGUUGAUAACCAGAUUGUCGGCCCUGUUCCGGAAUAUCUGUCAAAGCUUCCUUUGAUGGUGCUGGACCUUGAUUCGAAUAAUUUUACAGGUACUAUUCCGAUGAGUCUAUGGAAUUCUAUGAAUCUGUUGGAGUUUUCAGCUGCUAAUAAUCAUUUAGAGGGUACCUUGCCUGUGGAGAUCGGUAAUGCUGGUUCUCUUGAGAGGCUUGUUCUUAGUAACAAUCAGUUAAGUGGGUCUAUUCCUGGAGAAAUCGGGAAUCUUACUUCCCUCUCCGUUCUUGGGCUGAAUUCUAAUUUUCUGGAAGGUUCUAUUCCUGUUGAGCUUGAAAAUUGCAUUUCUCUGUCUACACUGGAUCUUGGCAACAACCAGUUAAAUGGGUCCAUUCCAGAGGGGAUUGCAGACUUGGAGCAAUUGCAAUGCUUAGUUCUGUCGUACAAUAACCUUUCUGGACCGAUUCCUUCCAAGCCCUCCAAGUAUUUCAGGCAGAUUAGUAUCCCGGAUUCAAGUUUCAUUCAGCAUCAUGGAGUGUAUGAUCUUUCACACAACAGACUGUAUGGUUCAUUACCUGAGGAACUGGGGAGCUGUUCAGUAAUUGUGGAUCUUCUACUUAGUGAAAAUCUGCUUUCUGGACAGAUUCCUCAGUCACUGUCUAGGUUAAGCAAUCUCACUACUUUGGAUUUAUAUGGUAAUCAAUUCACAGGCACUAUUCCUGCUGAACUGGGAAGCUCACAAAAACUACAGGGCUUGUACCUGGGGAAGAAUCAGCUUACUGGAACAUUACCAGAAAGCUUGGGUCAACUCAGCAGUCUUGUGAAACUGAAUUUGACUGGAAAUAAGCUUUCAGGUUAUAUUCCAUCUGCACUCGGUGACUUGGAGGGGCUUACACAUGUUGAUUUGAGCUACAAUGAGCUUAGUGGCGAGCUUCCUUCUACUCUCUCAAGCAUGGUAAAUUUAGUCGGAUUUUAUGUUCAGCAGAACAAACUUUCGGGUCAUAUCAAUGAGCUCUUUCAUGAUUCAAUGGUUUGCAGAAUUGAAGUUGUGGAUUUGAGUAAUAAUAUGUUUACAGGGAGCCUGCCACAGUCUAUAGGGAAUAUGUCGUACUUAAUGUCUUUGGAUCUUCAUGGCAACAGCUUUAGCGGUGAGAUCCCUUCUGAUCUUGGAAAUCUGAUGCAGCUUCAGUAUCUGGAUCUUUCGAACAAUGGUCUUUCUGGAGAAAUUCCAAAGAAGCUGUGUAGCCUUGAAAACACAGUUACUCUCAAUUUGGCGGAGAAUAGGUUAGAAGGGCCUAUUCCAAGAAUCGGAAUUUGCCAAAACCUCACGAAUAUAACUGUAGCUGGGAACAAGGAUCUCUGUGGAGGAUUAGUUGGUCUAAGAUGCCCCCUGAAGAGUUUUCAUAAGCGAUCACGGUUGACAAGUAUAUGGGUUGUAGCACUGAUUGUUGUUGGUGGCGCAUUAGCUACUCUUUUUACAACUAUUGUCCUAUACAUAUGGGUUCACAGAAGCAACAAGCAGAGUGAUUUAGAGGAAAGUGAAGAUAGCAAGCUAAACAGUUCUGUUAAUCAGAAUCUCCUUUUCUUGAGUAGCAGCAGAUCAAAAGAGCCUCUAAGCAUCAACGUGGCAAUGUUUGAGCAGCCACUCUUUAAGCUUACGUUGGUAGAUGUUCUUCAAGCAACCAACAACUUCUGCAAGACAAACAUAAUCGGCGAUGGAGGCUUUGGAACAGUCUAUAAAGCCACUUUACCUGACGGCAAAAUAGUAGCAGUCAAGAAGCUAAACCAAUCCAAAACACAGGGCAAUCGAGAAUUCUUGGCAGAAAUGGAGACUUUGGGAAAGGUGAAGCAUGAGAAUCUUGUCUCUUUGCUUGGCUACUGCUCGUUUGGCGAAGAAAAGCUGCUUGUUUAUGAGUAUAUGGUUAACGGGAGCUUAGAUCUGUGGCUUAGGAAUCGAACUGGAGCACUUGAUGUUUUGGGUUGGAGCAAAAGGUUAAAAAUAGCUGUAGGUGCUGCACGAGGUCUAGAUUUUCUACAUCGUGAAUCCAUCCCUCACAUAAUUCACAGGGAUAUAAAGGCCAGCAACAUUUUACUAGACAAAGACUUCGAGCCAAAAGUUGCAGACUUUGGAUUAGCAAGACUCAUCAGUGCUUGUGAAACUCAUGUUAGUACAGACAUUGCUGGGACAUUUGGUUACAUUCCACCUGAAUAUGGACAGAGUUGGAGAUCAACAACGAAGGGAGAUGUUUAUAGCUAUGGUGUGAUUCUUCUUGAAUUGGUCACUGGUAAAGAACCAACAGGGCCCGAGUUUAAAGAUGUUGAUGGUGGGAAUUUAGUAGGUUGGGUCUAUGAAAAGAUCAAGAAAGGCCAGGCUGUUGAUGUACUUGAUUCAACUCUACUUGAUGCAGAUUCAAAGCCAGUGAUGCUUAAGGUGUUGCAGAUUGCUGCUGUAUGCCUCUCUGAUAAUCCGUAUGAUCGCCCUACCAUGCAUAAUGUCUGGAAGGUCUUAAAUGGUAUAUCAGAAGAGUAACACUAUACUAUUAGUAAUUUUCUUACCGAGUUCUUUCUUUGCAUGUCUGUAUAUAUCGGUAUUAAGUCAGCCAGAAAAGGUAGUAGUACAUUAGUUUUAUCAUGCUAGCGUAGUUUGUUAAGCAUUGUAAUGUGUAUGGUACCUAUAACCAUAUGGACCAUUAAACCCUAAUCGUGUUUGGCUUUUACUUAUAGGCGCAAAUUGUAGCUGUUAGCCUGCUGUAUGCCAACAAUUGACAUCUAAAUACAAUCCUGUUAUUUA